UUUAAUCCUAGAGAAGGAGCUUUGUAACAGUUACCUUCAAGAAAAGUUUACUCCCCAAAGGAGUAUUUAAUAUUACAUAGACACUGACUCACUGAACAGAGAGAGAGGGGGAGGCGAAGAGGGAGAGAGAGAGAAUGAUGAGAAUAUGAGAAUUCGAGCCAGCAAGAAAGAAAGAAAGAUACUUAACUAAAGAUGAAGGGCAGUUUUGCCUCUUCCUGGAAGUUAUAUUAUUAGUUGUUUUUUUGUUUUGUUUUGUUUUGUUUUUUGUUUUUUGAAUCAUGAUGACUGCUAGUUUUGUUUAAAGUAUUUGUUCUGGAAAUACUAAAGUUGGAGUCUACCAGACUGAGGUUAGAAGCAUUUUCUUUGGCAGCAAGAAGAUACUUUUAUAGAAGCCAUGCCUGUACUUGGGGUUGCCUCAAAACUGAGACAGCCAGCUGUUGGGUCAAAGCCUGUUCAUACUGCUCUUCCGAUACCAAAUCUGGGCACUACUGGGUCACAGCCCUAUUCUUCAAGACCUUUGGAACUUACUGAACCAGAGAGCUCAAUGCUUUCUUGUCAGCUCACAUUAAAAUCAACCUGUGAAUUUGGAGAGAAGAAACCCUUCCAAGAAAAAGCUAAAGAGACAGAAGACAGUAAGAUUUAUACUGACUGGGCCAACCACUACCUAGCAAAAUCGGGCCACAAGCGGCUGAUCAAGGAUUUGCAGCAAGACAUUGCAGAUGGAGUCCUGCUAGCCGAAAUCAUCCAGAUCAUUGCAAAUGAAAAAGUUGAAGAUAUCAAUGGAUGUCCUAGGAGUCAAUCUCAGAUGAUUGAAAAUGUUGAUGUCUGCCUUAGUUUUCUAGCAGCCAGAGGAGUAAAUGUUCAAGGUCUAUCCGCUGAAGAAAUAAGAAAUGGAAACUUAAAAGCCAUUCUAGGGCUGUUUUUCAGUUUGUCUCGCUACAAGCAGCAACAACACCAUCAACAACAGUAUUACCAGUCUCUGGUGGAGCUUCAGCAGCGAGUCAGCCACGCCUCCCCUCAGGCAGAAGCCAGUCAGGCCAAAACCCAACAAGAUAUGCAGUCCAGUCUGGCAGCCAGAUAUGCAACUCAGUCUAAUCACAGUGGAAUUGCAACCAGUCAAAAAAAGCCUACUAGGCUUCCAGGUCCCUCUAGGGUACCAGCUGCCGGCAGCUGCAGCAAGGUCCAGGGAGCCUCUAAUUUAAAUAGGAGAAGUCAGAGCUUUAACAGCAUCGACAAAAACAAGCCUCCAAAUUAUGCAAAUGGCAAUGAAAAAGAUUCCUCCAAAGGACCUCAGCCAUCUUCAGGUGUCAAUGGUAACACGCAGCCCCCUGGCACCGUGGGGCAGCCCCCUGCCUCUGCCAUCCCUUCUCCGAGCGCCAGCAAGCCCUGGCGGAGCAAGUCCAUGAAUGUCAAGCACAGCGCCACCUCCACCAUGCUGACCGUGAAGCAGUCCAGCCCAGCCACCUCCCCCACACCACCUGCAGACAGACUGAAGCCUCCUGUCUCAGAAGGGGUCAAAACAGCCUCCUCGGGACAGAAAUCCAUGCUUGAAAAAUUCAAGCUGGUCAAUGCGCGGACUGCUUUACGCCCCCCACAGUCUCCCAGCUCGGGGCCCAGUGAUGGGGGGAAGGAUGACGAUGCCUUUUCUGAAUCUGGUGAGAUGGAAGGUUUUAACAGUGGUCUGAAUAGUGGUGGCUCAACCAAUAGCAGUCCCAAAGUGUCCCCUAAAUUAGCCCCUCCAAAAGCUGGAAGCAAAAAUCUCAGCAAUAAAAAGUCUUUGCUACAGCCAAAGGAAAAAGAGGAAAAGAACAGGGACAAAAAUAAAGUUUGCACUGAAAAACCAGUCAAGGACGAGAAGGAUCAGGUGACAGAGACAGCUCCGAAAAAGACCUCUAAAAUUGCAAGCUUGAUCCCAAAGGGUAGCAAGACGGCAGCGGCCAAGAAAGAAAGCCUAAUCCCCUCUUCCAGUGGCAUUCCAAAACCGGGCUCGAAGGUGCCCACAGCAAAGCAGACCGUUUCACCAGGCAGUGCAAUGAGCAAAGAGUCGGAAAAAUUCAGGACUACCAAGGGAAGCCCUUCCCAGUCCUUACCUAAGCCCACGAGCACUGAGAAAGCAAGCACAUCCAAUUGCCCUGCUCCUUUGGAAGGAAGGGAAGCCAGCCACGCCCCUCCCGCCGGCUCCUGUGCUGUGCUGGUGGCACCAGGCGGGGGGCAGGCCACGGGGAACGGUGCUGUCCAACUCCCCCAGCAGCAGCAACACAGCCACCCCAACACGGCCACGGUGGCUCCAUUCAUCUACAGAUCACAUUCAGAAAAUGAAGGCACCUCUUUACCAUCUGCUGAGUCCUGUACCAGUCCUACUAAGAUGGAUUUAUCAUAUAAUAAAACUGCUAAGCAGUGCCUAGAGGAGAUAUCUGGUGAAGACCCUGAAACAAGGAGAAUGAGAACAGUCAAAAACAUAGCAGAUUUGAGGCAAAAUUUAGAGGAGACUAUGUCCAGUCUUCGUGGGACCCAGAUAAGCCACAGCACCCUGGAGACAACAUUUGACAGCACUGUGACAACAGAAGUGAAUGGAAGGACCAUACCCAACUUGACAAGCCGACCCACUCCCAUGACCUGGAGGUUGGGUCAGGCGUGUCCUCGACUUCAGGCUGGAGAUGCUCCCUCCCUGGGGGCUGGCUACUCCCGCAGUGGUACCAGCCGAUUCAUUCACACAGACCCCUCGAGGUUCAUGUACACAACACCUCUCCGUCGAGCAGCCGUCUCUCGACUGGGAAACAUAACCCAAGUUGACAUGAGUGAGAAAGCAAGCAGUGACCUGGACAUGUCUUCUGAAGUUGACGUUGGUGGAUAUAUGAGUGACGGUGAUAUCCUUGGAAAAAGUCUCAGGGCUGAUGACAUCAACAGUGGGUACAUGACAGAUGGAGGGCUGAACCUGUAUACUAGAAGUCUGAACCGAAUACCAGACACAGCCACUUCCAGAGACGUCAUCCAGAGAGGAGUUCAUGAUGUGACAGUGGAUGCAGACAGCUGGGAUGACAGCAGCUCUGUGAGUAGUGGUCUCAGUGACACCCUUGAUAACAUCAGCACCGAUGACUUGAACACCACAUCCUCGGUCAGCUCUUACUCCAACAUCACUGUCCCCUCCAGGAAGAACACCCAGCUGAAGACAGAUUCAGAGAAACGCUCUACAACAGACGAGACAUGGGAUACUACUGAGGAGCUGAGAAAAACAGAAGAGGACUUCGACAGCCAUGGGGAUGGCGCUGGCAAGUGGAAGGGUGUUUCCUCAGGACUUCCUGAAGACCCCGAGAAGACAGGGCAGAAAGCCUCCCUGUCCAUCUCACAGACAGGUUCCUGGAGGAGGGGCAUGUCUGCCCAAGGAGGAGCGCCAUCUAGGCAGAAAGCUGGAACGAGUGCACUCAAGACCCCGGGGAAAACUGAUGAUGCCAAAGCUUCUGAGAAAGGCAAAACUCCCCUGAAAGGAUCAUCUCUACAGAGGUCUCCUUCAGAUGCUGGCAAAAGCAGUGGAGAUGAGGGGAAAAAGCCCCCCUCAGGCAUUGGAAGAUCCACAGCUCCCGGCUCUUUUGGUUUUAAGAAACCAAGUGGAGUAGGGUCAUCUACUAUGAUCACAAGCAGCGGAGCAACAAUAACAAGUGGGUCGGCCACCCUGGGUAAAAUUCCCAAAUCUGCUGCCAUUGGUGGGAAGUCAAAUGCAGGGAGAAAAACCAGUCUGGACGGAUCCCAGAAUCAGGAUGAUGGUGUCCUGCACGUGAGCUCCAAGACCUCCCUCCAGUACCGCAGCCUGCCCCGCCCUUCAAAAUCCAGCACCAGCGGCAUCCCUGGCCGAGGCGGCCACAGGUCCAGCACCAGCAGUAUCGAUUCCAACGUCAGCAGCAAGUCGGCUGGUGCCUCCACCUCGAAACUCAGAGAACCCACUAAGAUUGGGUCAGGGCGCUCGAGCCCCGUCACUGUCAACCAGACGGACAAGGAAAAGGAAAAAGUAGCUGUCUCAGAUUCAGAGAGCGUUUCUUUGUCAGGUUCCCCCAAAUCCAGCCCCACCUCUGCCAGUGCCUGUGGGACCCAAGGGCUCAGGCAGCCAGGAUCCAAGUAUCCUGACAUUGCCUCACCUACAUUUCGAAGGUUGUUUGGUGCCAAGGCAGGUGGCAAAUCUGCCUCUGCACCUAAUACUGAGGGUGUGAAAUCCUCCUCAGUAAUGCCCAGUCCUAGUACCACAUUAGCGCGGCAAGGCAGUCUGGAAUCACCGUCGUCCGGUACGGGCAGCAUGGGCAGUGCUGGUGGGCUAAGUGGCAGCAGCAGCCCUCUCUUCAGUAAGCCCUCAGACUUAACUACAGACGUUAUAAGCUUAAGUCACUCGUUGGCUUCCAGCCCAGCGUCGGUCCACUCUUUCACAUCAGGUGGUCUCGUGUGGGCUGCCAAUCUGAGCAGUUCCUCUGCCGGCAGCAAGGACACUCCGAGUUACCAGUCCAUGACUAGCCUCCAUACGAGCUCUGAGUCUAUUGACCUCCCCCUCAGCCAUCAUGGCUCCCUGUCUGGACUGACCACAGGCACUCACGAGGUGCAGAGCCUGCUCAUGAGAACGGGUAGUGUGAGAUCUACUCUCUCAGAAAGCAUGCAGCUUGACAGAAAUACACUACCCAAAAAGGGACUAAGAUACACUCCAUCAUCUCGGCAGGCCAGCCAAGAAGAGGGCAAGGAGUGGCUGCGCUCCCAUUCCACCGGAGGGCUGCAGGAUGCUGGCAACCAGUCCCCUCUGCUCUCCCCUUCUGCCAUGUCAUCUUGCGCCACAGGAAAAUAUCACUUUUCCAACUUGGUGAGCCCAACCAAUCUGUCUCAGUUUAACCUUCCUGGGCCCAGCAUGAUGCGCUCAAAUAGCAUCCCAGCCCAAGACUCUUCCUUCGAUCUCUAUGAUGACUCCCAGCUUUGUGGGAGUGCCACGUCUCUGGAAGAAAGGCCACGUGCCAUCAGUCACUCGGGCUCAUUCCGAGACAGCAUGGAAGAAGUUCAUGGCUCUUCAUUAUCACUGGUCUCCAGCACUUCUUCUCUUUAUUCAACAGCUGAAGAAAAAGCUCAUUCAGAGCAAAUCCACAAACUGCGGCGAGAGCUGGUUGCAUCACAAGAAAAAGUUGCUACUCUCACAUCUCAACUGUCAGCAAAUGCUCACCUCGUAGCAGCUUUUGAAAAGAGUUUAGGGAAUAUGACUGGCCGACUGCAAAGUCUAACCAUGACAGCAGAACAGAAGGAGUCUGAACUUAUAGAACUAAGAGAAACCAUUGAAAUGCUGAAGGCCCAGAACUCUGCUGCCCAGGCAGCUAUUCAGGGAGCGCUGAACGGUCCAGACCACCCUCCCAAAGAUCUCCGCAUCAGAAGACAGCAUUCCUCUGAAAGUGUUUCUAGUAUCAACAGUGCCACAAGCCAUACCAGCAUUGGUAGUGGUAAUGAUGCUGACUCCAAGAAAAAGAAAAAGAAAAACUGGGUGAACUCUAGAGGAAGUGAGCUGAGAAGCUCAUUCAAACAAGCCUUUGGGAAGAAAAAGUCCACCAAGCCUCCUUCCUCACAUUCGGACAUUGAAGAGCUCACUGACUCAUCCCUCCCAGCAUCACCAAAAGUGCCGCAUAAUGUGGGUGACUGUGGGUCCACAUCCAUGAAGCCCUCACAGUCAGCCUCAGCGAUCUGUGAAUGCACGGAGGCUGAGGCAGAGAUAAUUCUGCAGCUGAAGAGUGAGCUCAGAGAAAAGGAAUUAAAAUUAACAGAUAUUCGACUGGAAGCCCUCAGCUCUGCUCAUCAUCUUGACCAGAUCCGGGAAGCUAUGAACCGGAUGCAGAAUGAAAUAGAAAUACUGAAGGCAGAAAAUGACCGGUUGAAGGCAGAAACUGGUAACACGGCUAAGCCUGCUCGUCCACCGUCAGAAUCCUCAAGUAGCACAUCCUCCUCAUCUCCACGGCAGUCGUUAGGACUUUCCCUAAACAAUCUGAACAUCACAGAGUCUGUUACCUCAGAUGUUUUGCUAGAUGAUGCUGGUGCUGGUGAUGCAACUGGACACAAAGAUGGCCGCAGUGUGAAAAUUAUCGUCUCCAUAAGCAAGGGCUACGGCCGAGCAAAGGAUCAGAAGUCUCAGGCAUAUUUGAUAGGAUCCAUUGGCGUUAGUGGAAAAACCAAGUGGGAUGUCUUAGAUGGUGUAAUUAGACGUCUCUUUAAGGAAUAUGUGUUCCGAAUUGAUACAUCCACUAGCCUUGGUCUGAGCUCUGACUGCAUUGCUAGCUACUGUAUAGGAGAUUUAAUUAGAUCCCAUAGCCUAGAAGUGCCUGAACUGCUGCCUUGUGGAUACCUUGUUGGAGAUAAUAACAUCAUUACUGUGAACCUGAAAGGGGUAGAAGAAAACAGUUUGGACAGUUUUGUUUUUGAUACGCUGAUUCCUAAACCAAUUACCCAAAGGUACUUUAACUUGUUGAUGGAGCAUCACAGAAUUAUACUCUCAGGACCUAGUGGUACUGGAAAGACCUAUUUAGCAAAUAAACUUGCUGAAUAUGUAAUAACCAAAUCUGGGAGGAAAAAAACAGAGGAUGCAAUUGCCACUUUUAAUGUGGACCACAAGUCAAGUAAGGAGUUGCAACAGUAUCUAGCUAACCUGGCUGAACAGUGCAGUGCUGAUAAUAAUGGUGUAGAACUCCCUGUUGUAAUAAUCCUUGAUAAUCUUCAUCAUGUGGGCUCUUUGAGUGAUAUCUUCAAUGGUUUUCUCAACUGUAAAUACAACAAAUGUCCAUAUAUUAUUGGAACAAUGAAUCAGGGAGUUUCUUCAUCACCAAAUCUAGAGCUGCAUCACAAUUUCAGGUGGGUGCUAUGCGCGAACCACACAGAACCAGUGAAAGGCUUUUUAGGCAGAUAUCUUCGAAGGAAACUGAUAGAGAUAGAGAUUGAAAGGAACAUACGCAAUAAUGACUUAGUCAAAAUUAUAGAUUGGAUCCCUAAGACAUGGCAUCAUCUCAACAGUUUUUUGGAAACACACAGUUCUUCUGAUGUUACCAUUGGCCCCCGACUUUUCCUUCCUUGUCCUAUGGAUGUAGAAGGUUCUAGAGUGUGGUUCAUGGAUCUCUGGAACUAUUCUUUGGUACCUUACAUUCUGGAGGCAGUGAGAGAAGGUCUUCAGAUGUAUGGGAAACGGGCACCUUGGGAAGACCCCUCAAAGUGGGUGCUUGACACAUACCCAUGGAGCUCAGCAUCUCUGCCUCAGGAUGGUCCAACAUUACUUCAGUUGCGACCAGAAGAUGUUGGGUAUGAGGGCUGCGUAGCCACUAAGGAAGCCACAACCUCGAAGCACAUUCCACAGAGUGACACAGAAGGGGAUCCUCUGAUGAAUAUGCUAAUGAAACUCCAAGAAGCAGCCAAUUACUCGGGCACACAAAGCUGUGACAGCGAUAGCACCAGCCACCAUGAAGACAUUCUAGAUUCAUCUCUUGAAUCCACUCUCUAGAGGGUGAAAGAAGUUAGGGGAAGAGACUAUGCUUUUUCAAAAGGUUUAACAAGUAAGGUAUUUUCACUAACCCACUGCCAGUAUGAAAGCACCCUGUCGAGGGCCCUGACCCAGAGUCGUGGUCUCCGAGGAGGCAGCAGAACUAAGUUGGAACCGCCAAGAUGCUCAACUGAAACGGAAGCUUAACUUUAUUUUAUUUCUAGGCAUUUUUAUAUCCUUGGAGUGAUGUCCGGCUCCAUUGUUCAACUGGAAAGGACCCUAAAGACAGGGCAACUGAAUCGAUUGCACACGGGAUAGCCAAACUGGACUUUCUGUUUUUUUCCUCUUUAAAAGUUUACAAUGCCGCCCUUUUUUGUCCCUCCCUUUCGUUUCCUCGGAGGGGCCGUCCUCCCCCCAAGCAGGGCCCCUUCUUCUCCGUCCAACCUCCUUCGUGCCCCAUGGUGCUGGUCACAGGGCUCCAGCAGCGUUUGUGUUGUGCGCGCACCCCAUUCCAAAACGAAGCCAAGAGGCCAGGCCUCCGUCGGCACGAGCGGAAUUAUGCGACCGCCAGGAAGACACGACGACGGCCAGCUGGAGACGUGCCAAUGUCAUUCUUAACUGCCACAUUCACAUGAUGUGCUCCGCCAACUUUCUCGUGUAUGAUCACAGGUUUUAUAAGGUUGUUUUUACCACAGGUUUUAUAAGGUUGUUUUAAACCACCUGCCCACUCCCUUAACAAGAGUUUUAUACCAAUUAUUAGUCAACACUGACAAAAGGCUUUCUUAGGGCUUUAUUUGUUGGAGCCUUUUCAGUGAAAGAAGGAACAUUUCCUAUGGUGCUGUCUCACUGCCUUAAAACAGAUUUCUACGACAGUUUAACAGUUGGUUUAAAUCCUAAACCAUUGGUAAUCUCCACUGUCUUUUCAUUUUAUAACCAAGCAACACCAGUUAACACAGUAGCCUCAUCUCUAGGUAUCUGUUUGGGGUUUUUUUUUGUUUGUUUGUUUGUUUGUUUCGGGGGUUCUUUUUUUUUUUUUUUUGGAAGAAUUGGAUAGGAGAAAAAUCAGAGUAUUUUUACCUUGGGAAUAGAUCGCCUCUCCUCCAAAAUGUUCAAGUUAGCCCGGAAACCCUCUUUGACCAUCACUUCAAAGCAAAGACAUGUGGCUACCCUCCAUCCAGUUCUAGGCAAAAGAGUUGUAGAAGGAGGGAGAUUUGGAAUUCUUAGCCAGCAGAGCUGGAAGUAGUAGAUGCAACAUGAGCACAACUAUUUGGCUUUUCCUCCCCUCCUCUUUUCAUUAUUAUUCAUACUAUUCCUCUUAGUUUGGAGCAUGUCGUUUUGAUUGCUAUCGUUGUACAUGAGAAAUUCAGCAUUAAAGAACACUGAAGCAGUGAAGUCACUGUGGAAGAAGCGUUUAUACUGUAAAAGAAGGUUAGAUUUGCACAGUCUACUGGGUAGGGAUUGUAAAUAAUCAUUUUAAAAAUCUUGCACAAAUCUAAACACACACACACACACACACAAAUGUACUUUAAUCCUGUCGGUGUUGAGGUGUUUCACUUGCUGAGAUUUCCUGUACAUUGCAAACAAAUACAGAAUGCAAACCCUCAAAGCUGUUAUUAUCUGGUGUGUUUGUCCUGUAUUUACAGUUGUUAUGACGAUGCAGGAGCGAUCAGUGCUAGAGUGAGCAUGCUUCAAAACUGUACAUGAAGCCAAUAAGUUUUUGGGAGAGUAAAAAUGUCCGAAAAGCAUCUGUUGUGGCAGGCUUUAAAGAGAGUGCAUGAAAACCAAUUGGAAUCAUGGGAGAAGUUACCACCACGCACAGAGGGCGGGGUUUUGAGUUUUCCGAACCAAAGGGCUAGGCCAUGGUGUAGACUUGUUCUAGGCACGUGAAGAUGGGUUGCUUUCAGGACGUGAAUUGGUGCUACCCUCUGUGACCACCCGUGGGUCAGUUGCUAUAGAACAAUAACAACACAAGACAUCUGUGCCGUUUUCAGAGUGUCGCUAAGUCUAUAGGUCCUACACGGUGCUAUUGCCCUAAGGGAAAUCUGAACUGAAUUUAUGCACAUAGAAUUGUCACCCUGACUUUGAAGCCUCAAACAUGGAUCAGAGCUGUCGUAAAACAUCAGUAUAUGUAGCUGGAUGAGUGACUAGUUGCCCUUGUAUGAUAUGUGGUCUAAAAGAAAUUGCUAAUCUUUCCCUGCCAUUUUGAGAAACACAGUCCAAACAUGAUCUUACACUCAAGUUCCUGCAAUACAUCCCAGUAGGUUCACCUAGUUUACAACUUAAACUAGUUUGUGAAACAUUUGUCUGUAUACAUUUUAUAUUUUGUACAUUUUUGAUGUAACAUAUCAUGUAAAUAGGCAGAAACAGUGAAAUAAAUCAUCUGAAAAGUUUUGUAGUCUUUGUAAAGCCCCAAUAAUAAGUACUUGGUGUCAAUGGACUUAACUGGAUGAUGUAUUUUCUAUUGGUUUAUUGUUCCUCUAGCUUGUAAACCAGCUUGCAUAUAUUUUUUUGCAAAUGUGCACCCUGUAUCUGUCUAAAUUAUUACUUUGCCAUUAAAGUGGAAUUAUUUAUUGACAA